CGGGACUGGCCUACCCGCCGCUGCCUCACCGUCAUCCCCCUGCAGCCAGCCUUCCCAGAUCCCUUUGAACCGGCCACCCCAGGCUUCUUGGCAGCCCUGCCGGGCCACUUGUCUUCAGGUCUGCCAGAGGAGGUGGGGAGGAGGCGGAGGAGAUCGUGCAGAGGCGGUCUGGGCUGGGCCAGAGCUUGGGGUGCUGAGCCUGUGACCAGCUGUGAGCAGAACCCAGCCAUGGCCAGCCCGGGGCUGCUGCUCCUGCUCUCACUGACGGCCCUGCCACCGCUGUGGUCCUCCUCACUGCCGGGACUAGACACUGCCGAAGCUAAGGCCACCAUCGCGGGCCUGAUCUUGUCUGCGCUGGAGAGAGCCACCGUCUUCCUAGAGCAGAGGCUGUCCCAAAUCAACCUGGAUGGCAUGGUGGGGGUCCGGGUGCUGGAAGAGCAGCUAAAAAGCGUUCAGGAGAAGUGGGCCCAGGAGCCGCUGCUGCAGCCGGUGAGCCUGCGCAUGGGGGCACUGGGGGAGAAGCUGGAGGACGCCAUCCAGAGGUCCCUCCUCUACCUCAAGCUGAGUGACCCCAAGUACCUAAGAGAGUUCCUGCCGACCCUGCAGCCCGGGUUUUGGAAGCUCCCACGUGCCUGGACCCACACCAAUGCCUCCUUGGUCUACCCCACGCUCCAGCCCCAGGACUCGUUCUCGGAGGACAGCAGCGACAUGUGCCUGGUGCAGCUGCUGGGAACCGGGAUGGACAGCAGCCAGCCCUGUGGCCUCUCAGACCACUGCAGGAGCCUCAUGACCAAGCCUGGCUGCUCGGGCUACUGCCUGUCCCACCAACUGCUCUUCUUCCUCUGGGCCAGAAUGAGGGGAUGCACACAGGGGCUGUUCCAGCAGAGCCAGGACUACAUCAGCCUCUUCUGUGCCAACAUGAUGGACUUGAACCGCAGAGCUGAGGCCAUCGGAUACGAAUACCCAACCCGGGACAUCUUCAUGGAAAACAUCAUGUUCUGUGGAAUGGGCGGCUUCUCCGACUUCUACAAGCUCCGGUGGCUGGACGCCAUUCUCAGCUGGCAGAAACAGCGGGAAGGUUGCUUCGGGGAACCUGAUGCUGAAGAUGAAGAAUUAUCAAAAGCUAUUCAGUAUCAGCAGCAUUUUUUGAGGAGAGUGAAGAGGCGAGAAAAAAAAUUUACAGAUGGCUGCUCCUCCCACAACACAGCCACAGCGGUGGCAGCCCUGGGUGGCUUCCUCUACAUCCUGGCUGAAUACCCCCCAGCAAACAGAGAGCCGCACCCAUCUACACCAUCACCACCAAGCAGCCACUGACACAGAUGGUUCCAUGUCUGCUGCCUGGGAACAGACCCCUUUAGUCCUCCUCCCGUAGGUCCUGGAGGGCCUGGGUCACAUCCGGAAAAGGAGGCAUCUGGAGGAUAAGCAAAGCCACCCUGACGUCCCAUCUUGGGUUGUUGGGAAGCCCUCAGUAAGCACGGCUAGGGCAGGUGGGGGCCGGGAGGGACCCAGGUGUGAGCGGAUGAAUAAAGUUAGACUGCAGCUGAC